AACAGGAAAGAUCCAACUUUAAAGAAGCUGGCUAUGAAGAUUCUUGGACUCAUGUGUUCUGCCAGUGGUUGCGAACGCAAUUGGAGCACGUUCGAGGCAAUUCAUACUAAGAAAAGGAAUCGUCUUGAGCCAAAAAAGCUCAACGACUUGGUUUUCGUUCAAUACAAUCAAAAAUUGCGAGAACGACUCCAAAGUAGGAAAGAAAAGCCCGGCUUCUUUGACCCUGUCUGCUUAGAUGAGUUGGAUGCAGAUAACGAGUGGCUCGUAGAGACGGAGGACCCGGUAUUUGCUGGAGAGGAUCUGACAUGGGCACAAGUUGAAGAUGCCGCAUAUGGAUCGACACCUGGUGAAGGUAGUAGUAGUACCACUCAAAGGCGAAGGACAGGGGGAGCCGGGGGGAGAAUAGUAGCCGUCAACUCGAUGAGAUCGAGGAGAUUGAAGAAGGAGAAGGUGAUAAUGAUGAUCAAAUUGAAGAUCAUCCACCAUUGGAUGUUGAUGAAGUAUUAGUACGUACUGAUGAUGAAGAAAUGGAAGAAGAAGGUGUAUGUGGAAGAAGGAGAUGACUCGAAUGAUGGUGGUGGUGGUGGUGGUGGACCUGGUGGUGAUGU